AUGCCUUCUGCAGGUUUGCCUAUUGACGUCUCUUGGUGGGACGCUGUGAGCACAUUUGGCUCGGCACAGGCUCAUCUACCAUAUCUCGCAGCUGUUCUGCUGGCCCUUAUGGUUCUCUCGUCCCUGGGCAACUCCAGCAAAAAUGCAGUCAUGCUCAAUCCAAAAAGUGUUUGGGAGUUAACAAGCACAAGAGCCAAGAAAGAGUACAUCGCUGGAGCAUUGCAGAUGAUGGGAAACUGGUUUAAUGCCAACCCCAACCCACAUAACCCAGCACAAAUGAUUGCUGAUACUGGAGUGGUGACUGUGCUUCCCUCGCACAUGGCAGACGAGAUUCGAAAUGAUGACCGCCUGAGCUUUUCUCGGUGGACCUUACAGGCAUUUCAUAGAAACCUUCCCGGGUUCGACGGUUUCCGCGAGGGUGGUAGCGACUCGGGGAUUAUUAAGGCGGUGAUUGUGAAAGACUUGACAAAGCACUUGAACAAGGUUACAGAACCGCUUGCUGCCGAAACGGCUAUGGUUAUUCCUGAGUUAUUGUCUGAUAACGAAGAAUGGCAUUCAAUUGCUCUUAAGGAUACGAUCGUGAAAAUCAUUGCCCGCGUAUCGUCGCGCGUCUUUCUUGGCGACUUACUGUGUCGAAAUGAAGAAUGGCUUGAGGUUACCCGCGACUAUACACUGUAUAGUUUUACAGCUGCUGAAGAGCUCCGGCUCUGGCCCGCUCCUCUCCUCCCUAUUGUUCACUGGUUCCUUCCACAGUGCCGCAAGCUUAGGGCACUGUUGAAGGUCAUUGAUGAUGCCAUCGAAUGGUUUGAGAAAGAAGCUAACGGUCAGGACUACGAUCCUGUGAGCGCGCAACUGAUCCUGUCUGUGGCAGCAAUACAUACCACCACCGAUUUGACAUGUCAGACAUUGACGCAACUGGCGCAAAACCCAGAAAUCUUAGCUCCGUUACGAAAAGAGCUUGUAGAUGUUCUCCAGGAACAUGGGUGGAAGAAGACAUCACUUUAUAACAUGAAGUUGUUGGAUAGUGUUGUCAAAGAAAGCCAAAGACUAAAGCCAACUGGCAUUGCCACCAUGCGUCGGUUAGCUCUUGAUGAAGUAAAGCUUUCUGAUGACACGGUUAUUCCCAAGAAUAGUCAGAUUUGCGUAUCUAGCCUCAAAUUGUGGGAUAGCGAAGUCUACGAGAACCCCGAUAAAUUCGAUGGCUACCGUUUUUACAAGAUGCGUGAACAGGCCGAGGGACAGACCAAAGCCCAACUUGUUACAACAGCGCCGGAAUAUUUAGCCUGGGGGCAUGGCAAGCACGCCUGCCCUGGGCGAUUUUUUGCUGCUAACGAAGUUAAAAUCGUGCUGAUAUAUCUUCUAUUACGCUACGACUGGAGGAUAGCUGACGGACAGACACCACAGUUUCGCCGCAAUGGUUUUUCUUUGAACUUGGAUCAGCAUUUGAGAAUGAUGAUUCGGAGACGCCAGGAAGAGAUGGUUAUCUAGGCGGAGUAUGCGAAAAGGAAGUUUUGGGAAGCUGGCUCAGUCCAGGAAAGUCUCUAGUGGUUUGUUUUGCAGCCGGAAAAGAGAUGUCUUAUUAACGGCUAAUUACAUCAGGACUAUUUGAACUAUGCUGCCAGAAUAGGCUUCUUGGUCU